AUUUAGGUAGGUAGGUAACUAACUAGGUACCUUUCAUGGUAAGUACCUAUCAAGGUUCACGAAACUCAAAACUUCAAACAUAGACAUGAAGACAUGAAGCCAUGAAGACAUGAAGACACGAAGACCUAUUGUGUCGAGGAAACGUAGUGCAUCGUUUUUGAAACCGAAGCGCCAUCCAUCAGAUUCGAGAGCUGUAGCCUAGUCAAUUAUCAGAUAUCACAGAAUUUCGCACAGCAUAUUAAGCAAGCCACUACAACGGUAUUUAUGCUACGCAUGAGAACUGAUAUCGAUGGUUCUCCUUUACAGUCCCAGAGAUUUCCGUAAAUUCCUGUAUAAGGCUUAAGAUCUUUUUCGACCGUAUAUCAUGCCGAUCAUGAUGGAAGCCGAAGAUGAAUCGUACUAUGUGGAUGAUGAGGUCGACGACGCCGAUGACUCGGCCGGUGCCCCUAUAUUCGAGGUUCCUCCGAGGAAAAUAGUCGCCAUAGAACACCCGUGUGUUAUCCUCAACCUUGACAAGGGACUAGCUACCUUUGGACCAGACCCAGACUUUCAGAAACUUCUCAUGGACACGGCAGAGCCUAGCUCAGUUCCCCUGUGGUUCCGGCCCGAGAACCCAACAUCAAAGCCCAUCGUAUCACACCAUGCCGUCACCAACAACAUCCUGCUCAAGAUCACUGUCCCCAAGAGGACGGGCAGGAAACGAAAGCGAGGAAGCAACGAGCCAUUUACAGGAAAUGUCGAUUUCACAGAUGGCACAUCCCCCAUCUCGGGGACCGAACGAAUCAGCUCCCAGGGUAGACAAGAUUUGCCCAAAUCUAUUCUCCGAAAGAUGCAAGAUAAUCCUGAAGAUUAUCAAGUUGAAGCUGUCGGAAACAUUCACGCUACUCACAGAUAUCGAGGCUUGGCAGAUUUCCAGUUCGCCAACACAAAUCCUUCCUUCUUAACCAAUAUCGCCGAGCAUAUGCUUCCAAUGAAAGUCUCAAAGCUGCGGAGGAUCAAAUUUACGCCUGGCGUAGCCACGGGUCCUGGUCAGGAGAUAAUACCUCCACCGCACUUUACAGACCGGGUUAUUGGAUUCAACUACAACUACGAGCAGAACCCAAACACCAAGGUCGAAGGGGACGAAGGGGGGAAGCAACAACUCAUCAACAUCCAAGGAAGAAAAAAACACUCAUACGGCCACUUCAUCAACAACAACCAGUACCCCGUGCCCGAGAAACCCCGGCGAGAGCCAGCCAUGCGCGUACCAGAGGGGCUCAUGAACCAACUCCAUAAGCUGAUGGACGAGCGGUCUAUCUGGACCCGCCGUGCAAUCCUCAACCGCAUCACAGGCGACUUCUCAGACUCAGUCCUCCGGAUCGCCCUCCAGCUCAUCGGGUACCAAUUCCGCGGCGGGCCCUGGCGCGAUGCCUUCAUCAAGUACGGCGUGGACCCGCGCCCCGACCCCAGCUUCCGAAUCUACCAGACGCUAGCGUUUAAGCUUGAGCGCAACAUCGUCGGCACUAAGAAGAUCCCCUGGGAAGUCGUGCGCAAGGGCCAGACCAAGAGGCGCUCGCGCGAGAACAGCAACAGUCACCUCUGGAACGGCGAGGAUUACUCUACAGACGGCAAGUUCUGGCAGGUGUGCGAUAUCACAGACCCGUUCGUGCGUGGGAUCAUCGAUCGCGCACCCCUGAGGGAUACCUGCGAUUUGAAGGAUUCGGGGUGGUAUCAUAAGGGCACGUGGAGUAAAGUCAAAAUGGUCAUGAAGGUCAAGAUGGUGGCUAUCAAGAGGGGCCGCAUGGGAUCCGACGGCGACAGGCCGCAGAAACCCGGGUUCUUGUAUAAUUCGUUCCUAGAAGAUCGGAUCCGCCCGUUCCCGGAUAUCACAGAUAAGCCGCUGGGCCUGACGCUGGAACCCUUCUUGCGGCCCAUGGAGGAGGUCGAUACGAGGUUGUAUAAGCGUCGUCCUCCUACGCAGAAGCAGAAACCUGGGUCUGCUGCAGCGGAUGGUGUGUCUACGCCUGGCGGGGAUGAUUUGGAGCCAGACGAUAUGGUUGGUGAAAACGGUACUGCGACUCCGAUGGAGAAUUCGUGGGAUGUGGAAGAUUUGGAAGGGGAUGAUGAUGAUGAUGAUGAUGAUGGUGAUGAUGCGGAGGAGGAGGAAUAUGGGUAUUAUGAUAAUGGCGAUGGUGAAGAAGAAGACGGAGGCGAGGAUUAUGGAGAGGUAGAUGUCGAAUAGAAUAGACAGCUGGUAAGAACAUUAUAUAUAGGCUGUAAUAGCGAAGAGGGUACGAAGAUAGCUUGCUUGGACCAAUGUGAUGUCGCAACAGCUAAUAAUACUACUGAGAGAUAGCUAACCUAUGUAAUUGCUUAGGUAGGUAACCUUCUAUGUGACUACACUCUGAC